AUGGGCGUGAGCCAGUCGAAGGGAGGGGGCGGCGGCGGCGGCGGCGUGCGCUGGAAGCUGCAGCCGCUGGUGCCGCGUUCGUGGGCGGAGCUGGAGCAGCUGCACCUGCGCUUCCAGCAGGAGGCGCACCGCCGCCGGGCCGACCCGUCGUUCCAGUACUUCCUGCCGUUCCCGGUCUUCCAGGCCAUCGUGGGGCCGCUUUGCCCGGACAAGGACAAGCUGCAGCUGCUGGCCAUGUUCGAGGCGCUGGACGUCAAAAGCACGCGGAGGCUGGCAGUCAUGGAUUUCUUCAGCGGCCUGGCGCUGCUGGUGGACGCCAAGAAGCCCCAGAAACUCGAGUUCGUGUUGUCGCUGCUGGACAAUGGGGGGCUCAAGACCCUCAACAAGUGUGAGCUGACGAUGGUGGUGUCGGCAGCGUCUAGGGGGCUGAAGAUGUUCGCUCCUGGGGCUGACGUCUUGCAGGAGUCCACAAUGAGACCUCUGAUUCGGCGCUUAUUUGGUGACAACAGCGAGGUCUUACGGCAGAAUGUUGUCAACAAAGCCCUCGCCGAUCCUGAGAUUCUCUUCUUCAUGAGCGACCUCGAGGCGGUGCAAGCCAUUUGUCUGUAG